CAGACCUUUUGGGCUUGGGUGUGUCAGAGUGUAAAAUAACACUGAUGCUUCCAACAGAACACGUCUUCCUUUCACUGAAUCGUUCCUGAUCACUUGUUGCCUUGAAGAAGAGUCUCUCGUCAACACAAUGGAGACAUCCACCUCAUCCAAGACAUCCAAGGCCAACACCACCUUCUCUCUGGCUCUGCUCAAAAAGUUCGGAGAUGACGACAAGACAGCGAAUGUCUUCUUCUCCCCUUUCAGCAUCUCUUCAGCUCUGGCUAUGGUGAUGCUGGGGGCCAGAGGCAACACAGCCACGCAGAUAUCAGAGGUCCUUCACUUCACUGAGGCAGAGCAACCGAAGCAGGUGGAAGUGGAGGAGAUGCAAACGCAGUCGCAGUCGCAGAUGCAGUCGCAGAUGCAGACGCGGAUGCAGUUGCGGACGCAGAUACAGCGGACCAGCAGACUGCCGAAUUAUCUGGUCAAGGUCUUCUCUGGCUGUUCGCAGUGCCUGAAACCCCAGAAUGGUGAAGACGAUGUCCACGCUGGCUUUUCCCAACUGCUGAGUGAGCUCAACAAGGCAAACGCUCCGUAUGCCCUCAGCCUUGCCAACAGGCUGUAUGGGGAGCAGUCCUUCCAGUUUGUCAAGGAUUUCUUAUCAAAAACCAAAGAGCACUACAACGCUGAGCUGGAGUCUGUGGACUUCAAAACCGGUGCAGCUGACGCCACAGUCAACAUCAAUAGCUGGGUGGAGGAGCAGACACAAGGAAAAAUCAAGGAAUUGCUGCUCCAGGGUGUAGUGGACGAAACGACCUUGCUAGUCUUGGUCAAUGCCAUCUACUUCAAGGGCAACUGGAACAAAAAGUUUGAGGAGGAUUCUACUGUUGAUGCAGAGUUUAGAAUUAACAAGAAUGACAUGAAGCCGGUGAAGAUGAUGCACCAGAAAAGUAAAUUAUCUUUCACCUCCAUUCCCGAGAUCAACUGCCAGAUCCUAGAGAUGUUCUAUGAAGGGGAGGAGCUAAGCAUGCUCAUCUUCCUGCCCAAUGAGAUAGAGGACGACACAACAGGCCUGGAGAAGCUGGAGAGGGAGUUAACCUAUGAGAAAUUCAUGGAGUGGACUCGUUCAGACAUGAUGGGCCAAACCCAGGUUGAGGUGAAGCUUCCUCGAUUCAAGAUGGAGGAGAUGUAUGAGUUGAAAGAUGUUCUGACCAGCAUGGGCAUGGUGGACGCUUUUGAUGUCACAAGGAGCAACUUUUCCGGCAUGUCCCCAGCAAACGACCUGGUGCUGUCAAAGGUCGUCCACAAGGCUUUCGUGGAGGUCAACGAGGAGGGAACGGAGGCUUCCGCCGCCACUGGCGCUGUCUUGUCGGAACGCUCCAUAAUGAUUCCUGCUACCUUCAUCGCAGACCACCCCUUCCUCUUCUUCAUCCGACAUAACCCCUCCACGAGCGUUCUCUUUGCCGGCCGAUACUGCUCCCCUGAGUGAGAGCUACCGUACGGCUGCAGACAUGGACGGAGACUAUGAGACAACGGGGCCCUGAGCACAGACAUGUAAAAGGGCUCCCGACCCCAUCCAAUGAGAGAACGAACGAAUACUUAUUUGUGGGUCCUUUUGCAUCUCUCUGUGGACGUGUUGAGUCUUUGUGGUCGUAUCCUGUCUCUUGGUUGUUCUGUGUUUAUUUUGGGUCAUUUUGCAUCUCUGUGGUUGUUCAACGUCUCUUUAUGAUAGUUUUGCGUCACUUUGUGGUCCUUUUAUGUCCUUUUGUGACUUCCCAACAAGAAUUAUAGCCCCCUUCACUACUCCGUCCAUGCCUGUAGAGCAUAUUGAUUUAGCCAGGGGGAACCAUGUGUGUUCCUGUCCUACAUUUUCAAGACCCUGAUUUUGUAGGAGAGCCUUAAUGGAAACUACUCUGCUACUAGAUUGAAUAAAAGUGCA